AUCGGCGGGUUUCUGGGGCUGGACCUACUUCCGGUUUUGUGUGCUGCUGCACGCCCGUAGCGUGACGGCCUUGCUGCUUGGGGGAGAGGCGCGCUGUAGAGCUGGGCUGGGAGCCCUUCUAGGCUAGCCGCCCUUCGGGAGCCCUAGCAAACAAGCUGGAAUGAUUGUGGCCAGAAGUAAUUGAUUGCAUGGAGUUAAGAUGGCAAAAGUAAAGCCUAAUAUAUCCAAAGCCACAGUGGGCGAUUCCACAGCUAAACCAAAAGAUCUUAAAAACCAGCACAGGAAGGAGAAGAAAAAGAAGAAAUUGUUCUGGAAAAAGAAAGUCAAGCAGGCAGAGAAGAAACUGCAAAGGGAUUCCAAACCGGCAACAGCACUGCCUCCAAAAUCUCCCCAAGAAGUUUCAUCUAACUGGAAAGUUUUGCAGGAGCUUCUGAAACAAAAGGUGGCCAAUUUGCCUUCUGCUCUCACUGCACCCAAAACGUAUUCCAAGAAGAAGUGCACUGCCAAAGAUCAAGGCGCGGUCCCCAAAAGGCCCACAGUCAAUGGAACUGGAAAGGCGCUGAAACUCAGACCUGCAGAAAAGGCCAAGGAGGAUCAUCUUGCAGCAGGUUCUGCAAAACUGGGAAUGCCUGUGCCCGGAAAGAACUUGAGCCAGGUCAAGAGAAGUGGGAAGGACCAGAAGGCAGCCCAGGGAAAGGGCAGUGCUGAGCCCGAACAAAGGGGCCUUAAACGUAAAAGGAGGAAAGCGGAGGUGGAGCAGGCAGAGGCGAAGCCGGCAGACAUCUGGUUUGACGAUGUUGAUCCAGACGAUAUUGAAGCGGCCUUGGGACCAGAAGCAGCGGACGUUGCCCGGAAAAAUCAGGGACUCACGAAGAAGUUGCAGCAGGCACUUGUUAAAGAGGCAGCUUUUGAAGGCCUGACAAAAGCUGUGGCCAUGGACUGCGAGAUGGUAGGUGUGGGACCCAAGGACGAAGACAGCAUCUUGGCCCGGGUGUCUAUUGUGAACCUGUUUGGCAAGUGUGUUUACGACAAGUAUGUCAAGGCGACAGAAAAAGUGACAGACUACCGGACAGCUGUUAGCGGGAUUCGGCCGGAGGACCUAAAGACAGGGGAGGAUUUCAAAGUUGUCCAGAAGGAAGUGGCUGAUAUCCUGAAAGGAAGAAUCCUGGUGGGCCAUGCUCUCCACAAUGACUUAAAGAUUCUGUUUCUUGACCACCCUAAAAAAAAAAUCAGGGACACGCAAAGAUACAAGCCCUUCAAACAGGAAGUCAAGAGCGGGAGACCAUCCCUGAAACUACUCUGUGAGAAGCUGCUCAAUGUGAAGGUCCAGACUUCGGAACACAAUUCGAUUCAGGAUGCCCAAGCAGCCAUGAGGCUGUACACAAUAGUAAAAAAGCAGUGGGAAGCAUCACUCAGAUACAAACUGAAGGCCGGAGAAAAAUAACUGGGGACAUUUCUGGGCCUCGCGUGCUUGCUGACUGAGCGGGAGCUCCAACGCUUCAGGACAACUCUCCUCCCUGGCUGCUGAACUGGUUACCCUACCGAAAUUAAUCUAAAGUCAUUUGGUUACUAAACCUUACUUGGUGUGCCUGCCUCUCUAUGGCCAUUGGUUUCCGGGAGCUUCCUGUGCUGACAGUCAUGAAGGUGGAGGAUAAGACGGUUGGGCACGUUAUUUUGUUACUUGCGGAAUCAUUAAAAAUGGUUGGUCUGGUUAA